CCACGCUGGUCCAUCCGGUACGGUAUGAGCCGCUCUCCAUACGUUUGCUCUUUCACAAUCCACCGUUGAGCCAUACUCGUCUUGAAUCGUCCGCGAAGUGCGCUGUUCAUCCAGCAAAAUCUUUUACCCACGAUCAAGAUUGCUCGCGGAAGCGGCCGGGGUGAAGGUCGUCAUGACCGCACCAGAAACCGAUCAGGAUGUUUUAAUAGUUGCUCAACCUUGGAGAACUUCGCUGGUGCUAAAAAUCGAUAACUCUGAAAAUAAUAGGGACAACAAAAAAUUUCUAGGAUUUCAUUUGUCGAGAUCGAAAUGGGAUCCGUAUCCGUGGGUCGGCUACGUCGAGGCUGGAAGCAUCGCCGAUUUCGCUGGACUCAGGGCUGGGGAUUGUUUACUCGACAUCGAAGGAACCGAUCUCGUCGGGCUUGGUGUGAAAGAAAUAGCUUCGCUGAUUCAGAGAGAGUCUGGAAAUUUAGUGAGACUCGAAGUGUGGAGAAGUUAUAAUCCGGAGAAUCGUCAAUCGGACGAUGGCAUAGCUCUGGCGGGGCCACUUCCGGAAGUUGCGAAAAAGCUUGCCAAAGCGAUUUCCGGUACUGUGAGGGCACUCGAGUGUCCGGUAUGCCUCGAGAGCGCGUCUCCGCCGGUUUCUCAAUGCGUCCACGGGCACAUACUUUGCGUCGGUUGCAGGGCGAAAACUCUUCGUUGUCCGAUUUGCAGAGUUCGCCUCGGUCAGGGUCGCUGUCUCUUGGCUGAUCAGGUUCACAAAAAUAUUCGCGAGGCUUUUGACGAAACUCGCGAUGAUUAUUCUUCCCCCAACAAUUCAUCGCUGCGUGAAAAACUUUUCGGCAAGAGCAACAAAAAUUCCCGUACCGGCAGACACGGAAGCAACGAUAAUUCACGAAUUUCUUCGACCAAACUCAAGUCCUCGAUCACGAGGCUAUUCCUAGGUGGAUUCGACAAAGCAGCGUCCGCGGAGAAUCUCUCGGUGGCGAGACUCGUCGACGAGAACCGCCAGACAUUGGACCCUCGUCCAGCGGCAUACCGAAGACUCGGGGAAUUGUGCCAAUACGAUAGAACGAAAUCUGCGAGUACCGGAGAGCUGUCGAAAGGUAACGACGCUCCAAGAAACUCCUCGAUCCAUCGUCACGGUACGAGUCGCGUUUACACGAGUGCUUCGGGUCUGUUGAGCGUGCCACAAACUCCUACCUGGGGAGGAUCGACCGAGUCAAUUAAUAAUUCCUCGUUCGCAUGUCCCUUGUCACGUUGGACGAGCUGCAAGGAGUUCGUUUCCACGAAUUUCGUUCUUGAACAUCUCGCGAGAUCUCACGAUGGGGCACAAGUUUAUUUCAACGGAAAAAUCGCAACAAUUCCUUUGCCUCUGCCUUUUGGUCCGGAGUCCAGUUAUAUUCUUCGUCAUCAAGGAGAAAUCUUCUUCUUCCAGUACGAGAAUGAAGAAGCCUGGGUAGCAGGCUCGUGCACGGAAAACCUCGGCCAAUGGUCCAUGCUUGGAAAAAAUAACGACGGUACGGAAGUGAACUUGCGGAGGAUGGUGGCUAGACUCGAAGACACGUCGGCACCGCUUCCUUGCCACUCGGCACCCCUGCCAAAAGCCCUUGGCAUUGAUUCAAUAACCAUCGAACUGCUCGACGCUCGUCUCGGUGAUGCACUAGAAGUUUAAUUGUUAAUUAAAAUAUUUCGAGAUGGGAUUCAACAAAAUCUAAUUUUCUAUGGCGAGAUAAAAAUCAACGAUCGACUUCGGUGAUGAACAAUUUUUUUUCACUUUAUUUGUCGAUAAGUAAAUUAACCUAAUAACUUAUAAUUUCAUAUCAUUGAAAAUUUACUUUAGUUUAUCUAUGGCGACAACUCGUCGUUUCAUUGUAACAAUACAUUUAUUCAAAUAUAAUCACUUGGUGAACGUA